AUAUAAUAAUUAACACUCCUUAGGAAUAUACUAUUUAAUAGCAGUCUUGAUAAUUGAAACAAUCCAAACAGGAUAAGAUCCUUUGCUGACUUUAAUGAACAAAUCUCAGGAGUUGGAAGAACAUUUUUGUAUUUUGCAUUGUCCUGUCAACUGCCCUAGCAAUGGAGCCAUCAGAUAAAUACAUGUUCAAACACAAGGAAUACUAUUUUGUACAAGACCUAGUUACACCUGAAUAUAUUGAUUCACUGGAGAAUUUUGAAAUCCGGGACAGUGAUGUAUUUCUGGUCACUUUUCCAAAAUCAGGAACCAUAUGGACUCAGAAUAUUUUGAGUUUGAUUCAUCAUGAAGGUCAUCGAAAUAGAACUGAAGACAUGGACCUUAUAGACAGAGUUCCAUGGCUGGAGUACAACAUCCGCAAUGUAGAUUAUGUUAAGCGCCCAUCACCUCGUCUCUUUGCCAGCCAUCUGCCCUAUUGUUUACUGCCAAAGGGAUUAAAAAAUGGAAGAGGAAAGAUUAUUUAUGUGGCCAGAAACCCAAAGGAUGUCUUGGUUUCCUAUUAUCACUUUUCCAAAGUUUCUAAAAAAUUGGAAGAAGUGGAAGACUUUGAAGUUAUUAUGGAGAGGUUUUUGGCUGGUAAAGUGAUAGGUAACUUAUGGCUUGACCAUGUAGAAGGCUGGUAUGCUCAGAGGAACAACACGAAUAUUCUCUUCCUUACAUAUGAAGAAAUGAAGAAGGAUCUGAGAAGUUCUGUAUUGAAAAUAUGCAACUUCUUAGGAAAGAGACUAAGUGAAAAGGAGAUAGAUGAUGUUGUGGAUAUGGCUUCAUUUGGCAAAAUGAGUGCAGAUCGUAGAACCAAUUAUACCACUGCACCCUCUGACCUCCUAGAUUUCAGCAAAGGACGCUUUCUGCGCAAAGGUACUAUUGGAGACUGGAAAAACACAAUGACAGUUGCACAGAAUGAAAGAUUUGACAGUGUUUUCAAGGAACGGAUGGAAAAGCUGCCCAUCAAGUUCUGCUGGGAUAUCAAUGAUGAAUUAUGAAUAAGGAUGGACAAACCUGCCUCUUUUGUUUUUUACAGAUUUGUUUUAAUUUGCUGAAGCAACAGUUUUGUUCCAAUUCGUUUUCAAAUCAGACAUUCAAUAAGAUAGCUGUUGUGGCUUUUGUUUUAAGUUUAUGUCAAAACUUUUUUCAAAAAAACUUUCUAAAAUUAGUAGAUGUAUGAUGGCACACCAGGAAGAUCUAAUGAGAAAACUAAAUGUGUCUGGCUAUUUUCCCAGUGACCAUCGGUAUGCCCUAAAUUACUUUAAUACCUCAAAAUAAAACACUAGAGACAAGACUAAAUUCAACAAUUGUUUACUAAAUAAUCAAGGUAUAAAAGUGCAGUUUGAAUAGUGAAAUAUAAUUUCUGAGGUAACAACUAUAAUUUCUAUGAGGUAGAUAUAACUACUAACUAUGGCAUAUUCUAUAAUCUAUAAACACUAAUGCAUGUAUGGCUAUAUCUAUUCUUUAUUACAUAUACUAUAAACUCUAAGGCAAAUACAACUGUUAACUAUUACAUGUAUAUGAACUAUCUAUCUAUAAUCUAUAAACUUUGGCAAAUAUGUGUUAAGGAUGGCCUGUUCAAAUUGCUAGGCCAGACCAGACACUAUCUGGCUAACUAACUUCAAGCUAUGACCAACAAAGAGUGGAGCCAAAAAGUCUUUCACCACGCUCUGAGGCAGAAUGGGCUGAACCAAAGAGCUCGGCCUAUAGGGGGAUCCUAAGCUCCUACUCUAAAACUUGGCAGAAUGGAGCAGUCCAACUACAGGGAACAAACAGAGAGGUAAAAACUAGGCCGAGACAUCACAGGAUGUAUGAAUAUUCCUGAAAAUUGGGGGGGGGGGGAUAAUCUUCUGUUAUCUUAUGUCAUUAUAUGGAAAAUUCAAGGAGAUAACUCUUGUAGCUUUUUUAAAAAAAUGUUGUAUAUUAAAAAAUUCCCUGAAGAUCUGUGGAUAAGUUAAAUGUUCUGAAACUUGAUGGACUAGCAGUGGUAAAUGUGUUCUACCAAUGUAGCAAGCUUCUCCACAAUAGCUGUAAAAAUGAGGGAGAAGGGAGCCCUGAGGUUUUCCCAAUUAUAGUAAUUAUGUGCAAUUACUAUAAUGAAAAAGUAAUUAAAUUUUGUUAUUCUCAUUAUAGUAACAAUUUUUUCACUAACUAUACUUUAGAAACACUUUAGAAACAAAACAUCAGUAUCCCCUAAUUUCAAUGACUUUUGAAACAUUUUUAUUGAUUGCACAUGCCUACUGUCCACCUUACAAUCAUUUAUUUUUUUUAAAAAAAAAAUUACACUUCACUUUCACAUUUACUCAGUUGUCUCACAUGCUCACAGUGAUUUAACUGUCUUUAGUUUUGGAGGGAGUUGUCCUAUGGGACUGUGUUUUAUUUUUAGGCAUUACACAGCCACCUCACUUGAUAAAAGAAGCAAAAUUAUUCACCACCAAGAAAACAAAACAGUACUUGUUUGUCCCUGAAUGCUGACCACAUUCCAGUAGGUCUCCAAGGCAAGCUGCUAGUGGCCUCUUACAGCUGCAGCUGGCUCUUUCCCAUUCAUUCUUAAGUCAUUACACUGUUUGGUUGUAAGACCUGGUCAGUCGGCAACUCACAUCAGUUCCACAUUGUCCCAUCAGCCACAGAUGUAACUGACUGCAUAUUGAUUUGCCUUGGCUUCAACUUCCAUCAGCCACAGACCUAGCUAGACUGCAACUCGUGGCUGUCUUCCUAAUAGUUCCAAUGGCUCAGCCUUCUUGUUGGGCUGCAGGUCCCAUCAUCCCCAGGUGCGGCCCAGUAAGUAGGCUGAGUCAUCUGACCAGAAUGGAGUAAUUAUGUGGAUAAUAUUAUAUCUUGUUCAUUUAUGUUGGUUUUUAAUUUCUUGAGUUGUUCUUGAUGUGUUUAUUGAUUUGUCUACAUAUUACUGUCGGCAUUGAAUGUUUGCCAUUGUGUAUUUUGUUGUGAGCCGUCCUGAGUCCCUUCGGGGAGAUAGGAUGGGCUAUAAAUAAAGUUUCAUUCAUUCAUUCAUGCAUGGGAAAGACAA